GGGAUCUCCAAGUUGGGGUUAGGUUUUCGCGCCAAGACGGUGAGCGAAUGAUUGGGCUCACCCACACCAGUCUGCACCCACAACUCGAGAGAAAAGUUUACCAAAGGAGACCCUGGGGAAUCAAUCGCAAUUGCACACCGGACACGAAGCAACGUCGUCACGAGAAUACCCGAACCACCCGAACCGCCCCAGCCAAACCGACGGAAAUGGGGGACUACUACCGCGGCGGAAAUAACAGAGACGGAAACAGAAGGGCGCCCAAGAGACGGCAUCGGUCUGAGGAAGCCGAUGGAGACCAUCCCCGUGGCGGCGGCGGACGCGGCGGCCGGUACGAACGCGAAGAUCCACUGCAACGGUUGAAGCGCGAGACUAUACAGAUUGCCGAAUCGCCGCUGGUCAAAAUUGAGGAUGCGAUCAAGAACAUUGCUACCGGGUUCACCGCCGGGUUCGCGGAUGAGGAUUUCCGCGAGGGAUAUGUGCAGUGUCUACAUGAUCUUGUUGUCGAGCAGCCGUUCAAGAUCCCGUUCGUAGCCACGAUCGUCAGAGUCGCGAACUCCGAGAGCGAAGAGGCCGGUAAGGCGGUCAUCGACAAUAUGGCGGAGGCGCUGCAGAGGGAGCUACAGAUCGGCGACUUCCAGAGGGUUAAGCUUAGGCUGCGGUUCUUUGCGUGUCUGGGAGACAUGUGUGGUAAACCAGGUGUCGGCCCGAUACUGGACGCGCUCACCGAGAAGCUCCCCUCGUAUGAGGGUGAAGGGAAUGAGGGAUUGCUGCUGGAGAUUCUUUACAUCAUCUUGAUCACCAUCCCGUAUGCGAUUGUUUCAACGUCGGACUUUGACGAGUCGAUCGCGACCGCCUUGCUCGAGAAGCUCGAUAGGUUUACGCUCAUCAAAGCACCCAUGCAGAGUCUCUUCGACCCUUUCGCUGGCAACACAGCACCAUACAAUGACCCUCGAUUCGAAGGUCAGCACAUGGCACGGGCUCUGACGUUGAAUCUGAACCUCUUCUUGACCGGUGUAAGGGACAACGACUUCACCACCAUACAGUGUCUGCCAACGCCAUGGAACGAUAUCGCAGCUUCGGGGACAGCCCACGAUCUCCCUGAACUUGUGAUUCCCGACGAAUACCCGGUGGACAAGUCCCUGCUAUUCCCAGACAUGUACCUCUCGGUCUUUGCCGACCAGCCCAUUGAGACCGUCCCACCUCCAGGCGACCUGGCCAGCAGCUUGUUCCGCGACGCCAUCGUCGACACCAUCAACAUCCUCGACUGCAACCGGAUGUCCGUUUCUCGAUUCUUGAUCGAGGUAGACUGUUUCUUCAACCCCAAAUCGUUCAUCAAACGGGCGACUCCCUACGACCGCGUUACCGAGGUCGCAAAUGGCGACCAACUCUCCUCCUGGAAGCCGGAAGACGUUGCCGUCGAUGCCAUCUUCAGCCAGCUCUUCAGACUGCCUACCCCAGUUCACAAGCUGGUGUACUACCACUCAAUCCUGACCGAGCUGUGUAAGCUCGCUCCUGCCGCAAUUGCGCCUAGCUUGGGAAGAGCCAUCAGGUUCAUGUACCGAAAUCUAGAGAUCAUCGAUAUCGAGUUGAUCAACCGGUUUACCGACUGGUUCUCGCACCAUCUGAGUAACUUUGGUUACACGUGGAAGUGGACCGAAUGGAGCGAGCAUCUCAACUUCGCCGAUGUGCACCCGAAGAAGGCUUUCAUCUUGGGAUCGUUAGAGAAGGAGAUUCGUUUGAGUUUUGCCACGAGAAUCAAGGGAACUUUGCCGGAUGCCUUCAAGGAGCUCAUUCCGGAGGAGAGGGAGAAGGAGCAGCCUGUCUUCAAGUUCGACUUGACUGAAAACCCUUUCAAGACCGAAGGAAAGGCCCUCCUCAUCGCCGUCAGCGAACGCAAAGAAGAGGAAGAAAUCGAGCCGAUGAUCCAAAUCAUCGCUGACCUCGCUGCCGAAAAGGGUCUUGCUGAUGCCUCCGACCCCCGUGCACUGGCCCGCGAUGCAUAUAUUACCUGUAUCUGCCAUAUCGGUGCUAAAUCCCUCUCACACGUUCUCUCCUGCAUAGAGCGCUGCAAAGAGAAGCUGUUAGCGAUAGGCCUCGAGCACCCCGAUGCGCGCCGACAAAUCGUAGGUUCAGUACUAAGCUACUGGAAAGACCAGCCCGGUAUCGGUGCCAACGUAGUCGACAAGCUCCUCAACUACUCUGUGGUCGCGCCCAUCUCCGUAGUCGAGUGGGUCCUGUACGACGCCGGCCCCGAGGCGCUCGCAAAGACCUACGCGUGGGAAAUGGUCGCCACAACUAUCAACAAGGUUAACAACCGUGUCCGCCAGAUCGUGGCCGCGAAGCCUAGUGUGCUUGGCGCCGAAGGCGUGACAAAGGAACAGAUUGACCAGUUUGAGGAGACGCUGACGAAUGCGGAGGCCGAGCAGGCGCUAAUCCUCUCCGAGGUCGAGAAGCGCCUCGGCGAGCUGGCUCUGCUGAAGGACGAGGACGAGAGUGCCAACGGAGAGAACCGUGUCUGGGUUCAGUGGUGGGCUAAGGGCUGGCUACGCGCGUUCAGGAGGAUGUUUGAGGUCGGCGAGGAUGGCACGUUGCAGAUCAAUAAGAGCGCGAAUGGGAAUGGGUAUGGGAAUGUGGAGGUCAAGAUGGCCGAUGUCGACGAGACUGAGGUUGAGGCUAAGGUUGAGGCUAAGGAUGAGGCUGAGGCUGAGGUUGAUAUGAAGAUGGAGGUCAAGAUGGAGGGUUGACAUGGAUAGGUCUCGCGUGAGGGUACUGUAGGAUAGAUAUCUGAUUGUUGGAUUUGUUGAAAUGGUGGUGAUUGUACUAGUGUUUAUGGUUGUUUUUAGGCAGUAUCGGCUCUUUGCCGUUGUGGAUGUGCAUCGAGUGGGAC